UAAUGUCGAUGAAAACCAGACGGGAGAAGGAGAAAGAGUUUUAAAACAGGACGAAUGAAGUGAUAAAAAGAUCAAAACGCUCCAUUAUUUAAAGUCUGAGCGAGAAAAUCUGCACACGAUGAGAGGAAUCGGCGCGAACGAUUUGUCUCCAGCAUCUCUGCAGUACCGUGGAUCACUAGAACAGCCUCAGAAGAUCAAGAAGACUCCGCCCCCUCUCAGGACAUGCCCCGCCCACACCCCAGAGAGGCCACGCCCCAAAGCACAGAAACCUCACGUGCCUCCUAAGCCUGUACACCUGUUGUGUGGAGCUGGUGUUCCUGUUCCCCGUGCGCCUGCCCGAGCCGGAGACCUGUCUGCUGGGCUCGUCCGCAGUCUCCACUGCUCCCGGUUUCUCCAUCAGCGGCUCAUGAUGGACUCUCCAGAUAUUCUUCAUUCGGACGCUCAGCUCUCGCUCUCAGACAGACUCUCCUGCACACCGGCAGAGAUUUCAGGACUGCCAGACGCUGUGCAGUGCAGCAAACACACACAGGAGAGCAGCGAACACACACCCAUGCAGCAGGACGUCCCGCCGGAGGCUGACGGAGAGACCAGCGGGAAGAUCCCCAACCGGGACAGCGGGAUCGACAGUCCGUCCUGCGGCGGAGAGGGAGAGUGUUUCCCCAAUGAGGAGCACAAACAGGAAUACACACACGAGGAAGACAAACGAGAACACACACAUGAUGUGGACAAACAGGAACACACACACGAGGAGCGCAAACGAGAAUACACACAUGAUGAGGACAAACGAGAAUACACACAUGAGGAGGACAGCGAUCUGGAGGAAGAAGAGCAGGAGGAAGAGGAGGAGGACCAGAACACAGAGAUCAAGGCUUCGGUGUGUGACCCUCAGAAGCUGCUGAACAUCGCUAAAGAGCUGCUGCAGACAGAAGAGGCCUACGUGAAGAGGCUGAACCUGCUGGACCAGGUGUUCUGUGCGCGUCUGACGGAGGCUGGUAUUCCCACUGAUGUGAUCACUGGAAUCUUCUCCAACAUCUCCUGCAUCCACAGCUGUAACCCGCGCAUCGGGGACAUCCUCCAGAAGCUGGCUCCGUUCCUGAAGAUGUACGGCGAGUACGUGAAGAACUUCGACCGCUCGAUGGAGCUGGUCAGCCUGUGGACACAGCGCUCCGGGACAUUCAAGAGCACCGUGCAGAGCAUACAGAAGCAGGAGGUGUGUGGGAACCUGACGUUGCAGCACCACAUGCUGGAGCCGGUGCAGAGGAUCCCGCGCUACGAGCUGCUGCUGAAGGACUACCUGAAGAAACUGCCGGAGGGAGCAGCAGACCACCGAGACGCUCAGGCUGUCUGUGGGAAGUGCCUGAAGGUGUGUGACAGCAGGAACAUUCGCAUGUGUAGACCGUGUGCUGAAGCUGAAGGAGCAGCAGGAGGCGCCACUGAGCACAAGAAGAGGGUCGAGAAGCAGCUGUCGGUUAGUCAACUGUCAUCUUCUCAGCGGUCUGGAAAAGGUGAAGAGGUUGAGCAGGAGCAGAUCCUCCAUCGUUGACCAGCACACGGGUCUGUGUGUUCAUGCUCUUCGUCUGUCAGGAUUCUCAGCCAGCAGCCGAUUGGACAACGCUCCUGUCACAUGCUGUAUGGGGAGGAGCCUACGAGGUGUCAGCUACAGGAUGUUUCCCCUGGGCUCUGGCCCCGCCCCUUUUAUAAGGAACUCCUGUUACUUGAAAUCACUUUAUCCUCAGCACUUUCACUCUCUCUGUUGAUGAUCGGUUCACUGCCUGCUUACAGACACACACACACACAUGCAUACACAUAGACAAAGACACACAGAGGAACACACAUACACACACACACACACACAUAUAUACAGAGACAGACAUACCCAAACAGAUACAAUCAAACAAACUCACACACAGAAUCACACACACACACACACACACACACACACACAUGCACACGCUGGAUGCUGAAAUGAAUGAUAUUGAAGGCUCAUCAUGAAUGUUUGUUUGUGUUGGUGGUCUUUCAGGUGUGUUAUAAUCAGUUUAUUAAGCAUUAAGUCUCUGUCCUGUCACACUCACACACACACCGUCAGCACUGAUGGAUCUCAGAUUUUAGUGCCACUCUGAGUCUCUUUGUUUAUGUUCAGCGUUAUGUUAUGCAAAUGAAGCACAAUCGCUCGUGGCCAUACUGAAGAAGACAUGUUGUGCUGUGUGUUUACACCCCAGUAGCAUUAGAUCUGCCGCUUUUCUGUAAUUAAUGUAAAGUUUUACCAUAUCUACAAUAGCUCACAGCUCAGCGCAGACAUCAAUAAUGUCACACAGCCUCUUAAAGGCACAGUACACCCCAGAAUAUCAUCAGAAACACCAAACAGCACUUCCCGGAGACUAAUUAAAAACAUAAAAUACUAUGAAAGUCCAGUGUUUCAUCAGAAUAUCUGCAUUAGCUUUGACACAAGUGUGUGAAGGAUAUUUGUGGGUGUACUGUCUCUUUAAGAGUAACGAGCUUCAGCUUUAUUUAUGCAAUAACUGUCCUCUUCUGAAGAGAAGCGCUGUAGUUUUCUCAGGAUGGUCUUUUCAGGUGUGUGUUUUGGGGGAUGUACAGUAUGUGUGUGUGUGCGGAUCAUUAUUGUCAGUGUUUUAGGAUGAUGGAGAGCUGUGGCGGGCCACUCAGUAGCACCUCCGACUGCUGGAUAUUUGCCUCCUGAGAGAAAUGAUGAGACUUUUCAGAGCGGAUGAUGCUCUUUUCUCUCAGUCUGGAGGAGGACUGUGCCCGAUGUGAUGUAAAUCUUGCAUUUGCUUGGCUUUUUUGUUUCUGAAAGCUUACAAUCAGUAUUAUUGGAAGCUUUUUAUGUGUACAAAGUCAAUAUCAGUCAAUUAAAGAGUAUCUGGUCA